AAUUUUAGUUAUGCUCAUUACUUUGCUGGGAUAUUGGAAGUUACUUCUGAGACAGGCAAGUACGUCUGUUAGAGCAGAAAUUGUUGGUACUCAUAAAGUGGAGAAGGUCAUGAAUGCGAUCGAACAGGAAUGGAGGCAAAGAGACACUCGUCUUUUUGCCGUUGUGUAUAUUGAUAAGCGUCAAUUCAAAGUAUCGGAGAAUGAUUUGAUUGUUUUAUACGAUAAUGUACCCCUGGAUGUGGGUGAUGAAAUUAAGUUGGAGAAGAUUUUAGCAGUUGGUGGCAAAAAUUUCACAUUAUUUGGUCGGCCACUGAUACAUUCACCAACAGUAGCAGUUAAUGCUACUGUUGUUGAAAAAACGACAUCUUAUCCACAACUCAGAUACCUGAUGAACAAUCAUGCAAAAGCGCGAACUCUUCACUGGAUGAGUCGUGAAACAACGAUAUUAAGGAUAAAUGAUAUUAAAAUCGAUAGUAAGAAUCUGUGAUCAUAUGAUUUUUCGUUCGUACAAAUUUUGUUAAAUUUUAAAUUAGAUAGAAAAGUAGUCUCAAACAUGACGACAAUUUCGAACAGGAAAAGGAAGGUCCGAUUUCUUUAUGAAAAUAAUCUAACGAAAC